AUUUGGAAUGGCAAUGCAUAAAGUCAGUCGGUGUUUUUAGCAAAUUCUGCGUUUAAAAGCUUAAAAGUUUAAUCAGUUUACGUUUGUAAAAUAUUAAAAAGUUCUAUUGAUGACAAUAGAUUUAAGUAAACAUUGAAGUUUAAAUCAUUUAUAGCGUUUCAGUCACACCAUCAAAUGUAAAAGCGAGUUACUGAGUGAAUGAAGUGUUUGUUUUUUUCUGACUUAUCAUCCAAAUUUUUCAAUUUUCUAAAUCAUUUCCUCACUAUUAUGUCCAGUUUAUGCUUUAUAUAAUACGUCGAUUUAUCUCUGUAGCCUCUAAUUCUAUUAAUUUAGUUUCAAAAUUAUCGAAUAAAAUGCCAGGUUCACCUGCUUAUGAAUGUAUUGCUGAGAUUUUAACUGAUGGAGGAGCUAAGUUAUCAAAAUACAAGUCACAUAGAAGUGGGAUGACUAUAUGCAUCGCCCAAACUGAUGGACCCUUAGUUGGUGGCUAUUUGUGUCUUGCAACCGAAGCUCACGAUGAUGAUGGUCUGCCUCAUACUUUAGAACAUUUAGUGUUUUUGGGAAGUGAAAAAUACCCAUUUAAAGGUGUUUUAGACUUGCUAGCUUCCCGUUGCUUGUCACAAGGUACAAAUGCCUGGACAGAUACCGACCAUACAUGCUACACUCUAACUACAGCUGGUGAUGAAGGUUUUCUUAAGCUUCUCCCUAUCUACUUGGACCACCUCCUUUAUCCGACAUUAACUGAUGCAGGCUACGUUACAGAGGUUCACCAUAUUAAUGGCUUAGGCGAAGAUGCAGGGGUCGUUUACAAUGAAAUGCAAACUAGGGAAAACUCUGGUGAAAGUCGUUGUCAUUUGGCCAUGCUAAGGUCAAUGUAUCCUGGCCAUUGUGGAUAUAAAUCAGAGACUGGAGGACUUGUAAAAAAUUUACGAGAAAGCACAUCCAAUGAAAAAGUUCGCCAAUACCAUAAAGAUUUUUACCGCCCUGAAAAUUUGUCUGUUAUAAUAGUAGGACAAAUUGAUGCAGAUAAAGUAUUCCAGGCAUUAGAACCAGUGGAGGAAAGAAUUAUGAAAGAUGGAAAAAGAGAACCAUUUGUCAGACCAUGGCAAACACCUGUUCCUCCAUUGGCUGAAUCUGUUUCACUUGAAGUUGAGUAUCCAACUGAAGAGGAUGAUCAUGGCUUGUUGAUUGCAGCUUGGAGAGGGCCAUUAGCUACUGAUUAUUCAAGUUUAGUGUCAAUGCAACUUUUGAUGGACUACUUUACUGAUACCUCAGUAUCUCCUCUCAAUCGUGACCUGGUUGAGAUAGAUGAUGCAUAUUGCAAUCAGGUUGAUUAUACUGUGAUCGAGAAUCAAGUCUCUUGUAUAUAUCUUCAUUUUUCAAAUGUUCCUGUUGACAAAUUAAAGGAUAUUCAAGAUAAGUUUACUGAAAUUCUUCAAAAUUUCGUUGAUGGUAAAGAGGAGUUUGACAUGAGACGAAUGGAAACAUUGAUUAAAAAGAAAAAACUACAUAUUUUAACUAGUAUGGAGGAUAAUGCACACGAUGCAUUGGCUAGUUGUCUUAUUGGAGACUUUUUGUAUGGAUCGACAUUAGAAGAUCUCCAGAACAGAUUGCAGGAAAUACCAAUCAUUGAAAGUUUGUUUAACAAGCCUGCUGAAUACUGGAUCAAUCUUUUGAAGACUUAUAUUCUUCAUGGAAAUCAUGUCAUUGUUGAAGGGCGUCCUAGCCCAGCGCUUGCAGCUGAAAUGGCUGAGAUUGAAAAGAAGAGAAUUGAGGAACAGCAGAAGAAACUGGGACCCGAUGGUUUGAAAGAAAAAGCACAGGUUUUGAAGGAUGCCAUUGAACAGAAUGAAAUUUUGCCACCAAAAGAAGUUUUGAAUUCUAUUACCGUGCCUUCUGUUAAAUCUAUAAAACUGCAUCCUUUGAAAAGAAUCUGCAAUAUUGUUGAAACUGAAAGUUGUGGUUUAGAUUUCCCGAUUAAAAAAAUGCCUUGCCGUUUUCAAUUAGAUGCUAUAAACACCAACUUUAUCCGGGUCUAUGUUAUGAUGGAUACCAAUGACCUUCCUCAAGAUUUGCGAUUGUAUCUUCCCUUAUUUGUCGAACUUUUAGAUGAAUGCCCAAUCAAGCGUAAUGGAGAAAUUAUACCCUACCAGGAUGUGGUGACUGAGUUGGAGAAAGAUACCAUUUCGAUAUCAGCUAACUUGGGAUUCAACUACCAACGUUUUUUCUGUGGGACAUAUGCUCAACUUAUUUGUCUAGAAUUAAUGGUUGCAGAAGAAAAGUAUGAGAAAUCAGUUCAGUGGAUACGAGAAUUGUUGUAUCAAAUUGUAUUUGAACCAUCAAGAAUCAAGACAUCUAUCAAUAAAAUGGUGACUGCUGUAUCUGGUCUGAAACGUAAAGGAGGUACAGUUAUGAGAACGCUACUGCAUAACUUAAUAUUUCACCCACACAGUAAUCGUUGGACAUCCAGUAUGCUGAGGCAAGCAAAUUUCCUUUCAAAAACUCUACAAACUUUAGAAUCAAAACCUGAAGAGGUUAUUGAGAAAUUGAACAAAAUCAAAGAAUUGGUUGUGAGGCCUGAGAAGAUGACUGUUCAUUUAGCUGUGAACCUAGACAAAUUAAAGUCAAAAGUAAAUCCAGAGCAACCCUGGAUUGAAGAUUUCCUUCCUCCUCAUAUUCAACCAGGAUAUAAAAAGAGCCCAAUUAAAAAGUGCCAUGAGUUACUUCAGCUUAAAAUGGGUGAUGAACCUAGGGGUGUGAUUAUUGGCCUCGGAUCUGUAGAGACCGGAUAUUUGGUGCAGUGUGCGCCAUGUGUCACAUCACCCACUCAUCCUGAUUAUGUGCCUAUAUUAGUUUUAAUACAGUACCUUACUCAACUGGAGGGACCUGUGUGGAGACAAGUGAGAGGUCAGGGUUUAGCUUACAGUUGCAGCAUGUAUUUAGAUCCUGACUCAGGGUUAAUAUUUUUCAACCUAACCAGAGCUACACACAUUGUUAAGGGAUACACAGAAACUUUAAAAGCUGUUGAGUCUCAUUUAAAUGGUGAGUGUAAAUGGGACAAAGAAUUCUUAGAGUCGGCGUGCAGCAGUAUGAUCUUUGAAAUCAUUGAGAGGGUGAAGACCGUGUCUGAUGUGGCCGAGGAGUCCCUUAGAGCUUAUUACAACAAUGUUGACAUGAACUUCAUACAGGAACUGUUGGAGAAGGUUCCCAAGGUCACCUUUCAGGACAUGGAGCGUGUAGGAGUCAAGUACAUGAAACCCUUGUUUCAAGACGCCACCUCCAGGUGCUCCAUUGUCUGCCACCCGAGUAAAGUGGAGGAAAUAACGCAAGGAUUUGCUGCGUUUUCAAGAAAUUUACGAAUCUUACCAUCUCUAGACGAUCCGAGUGUCACAGAUUUUUAAUUUUGUAAUUUUGCAUAAUUUAAGAAUAAAUUAUUUAUUUUCA